CUUUGACUGAGCCACCAGCAUUCGUUUUGGUGACCUGUGCACGGACAUACUUUCCUCUUUUCUCUCUUUCCUUCUCACGCAACUCAUUUCUUCACGACUAACAUGGGAUUCUGCCGACGAUGUGGUGAUAUAGUAGUUGGGCCUCGCUGCCGCUGCGGAGGAGCACCCGUUGCGCCCUCUGUGCCGUGGAACCAGUCAGACUCGGAGACGGACGUCAAGGAUCGAUGGUCGCAGACCUAUGUGGUCAACCGCGAUCGCGCUCAAACGUUACCCUCACGACCUCUCAGCCGUGGCCCUCCUUCCAACCCGUCCCUCAGCUCACAAGCAACUGGAGACCGCGCACCCCAAACCAAACGCUUCCCCAAACCUGCAAACAGCUAUGCCUCCUCCAGCGUCAGCCUCGGCGACCGCGUCUCACGCCACAUCGCCAACACCACCUCGGAACUGAACAACCGUCCCCCCUCGCCGCUCAAGCAUGCCAUCACAGGUCCGUCCCCCGAAGCCGAUAUCCUGCCCUCCAUCCACACCCGCGACCCCACGCUCUCCAAGGUCUACGGCUCCGUCCUCCAACCAAAGGAGUCCCUCGCGACGCACUGCUGCUCCGUCUGCUCAGACGCCUUCCUCCCCGACUCCACCAUCUACCCCGACCCCUCCGCGCCCAACCCGGACGACCCCACCUUCGUCUGCCGCGACUGCUACACGAUGCGCGGCGGGUGCAAGGGCCUGUGCCCCACGUGCAGCAAGGAGGUGCUCACGCUCAAGUCCGAGGGCGGUUUCGUGCACGCGGCGGGCGCGUACUACCACAAGAAGUGCUUCCUGUGCGACGGGUGCGGGAAGAGCAUCGGGGACAAGCCGAUGGUCGACCUGCUCGGGCGGCCGUGCUGCCCAGACUGCUUCGACACGUGCUUGAAGCGCGAGAGCACGCCGAAGAAGGCGCGCGAGAGCGUGUUGCCGGCGUCACCACCAGCGAAGGUCACCAAUCUCGGUGGCCUGAAUGCGGACGCUGCGCCAGGGCGAAUGUCAUUCCCGAAGAGCCGCGAAAGUAGCCCUGCGCUGCAAGAGUUGGAGCAGCGUUUGGGUAUCGCAUCUCGGCGAGAUAGCAACGCGACGCUUGAGGAGCUGUCCCAACGCCUCAACAAGAUCGGGCGCGAGAGUCCAACUCGGCCGUCGCGGUACUCGGCCACUGGUAGUGCGGCAGGUAGCCCACGUCUCGCCUCAGGUCGCGUAGGUAGCCCCGCUGUCGAAUCACGCUCCCAACCGGACACUCCUCGCCGCCGCUACGACCGCUUGAAGAGCAUGGACUUCGACUCCCCCGACGAGAGUCCCAUCCGGCGCCAGCGCACGGGGAGCAUGGUCACCGACGAGGCCGUCGAGGAGAUGAAGCGGCGGUUCAUCAAGGCGAAUACGCCGGCUGCGUUGGUCGCUACGCUCACGGGCACGGGCAGCCCGGCGAUGCCCCCACGAAGCGAUGCCAUGUCGCCCCCGCGCAGCGAAGCGAUGUCGCCCCCGCGCAGCGAUGUCAUGUCGCCCACGCCCGACCUUAUCUCAGACGUAUCCGACACGGCGACGUCGACAUCUGGCAUCGACACGCCCCCGCGGUCGGACUACCGCUCGCUGACAUCGGAGAGAGAAGAAUCCUCGCUAUCCAAGCUACUUGGCUCGGCUUAUACCUCGCGGUACAAUCGCGACCAGUACACCAACCGCGACCAGUACAACAACCGGGACCAGUACAGCGACGUCCUCGACGAUGUUAUUGUGGAGGAGACGCGUAGUCAGUUGAACACGCCGAAUCGCACGCCACAGCGCGGUACCGCGGCUGCCUCCUUUAUUACUUCACCGCGCGCGUCUAUCACCUCGCCUCGCGCGUCUAUCACAUCGCCUCGCGCAUCGCUCACCUCCCCAAUUACCUCACCCCGCGCCUCGUUGACCUCUCCGCGGAGCUCUAUGACUUCGCCGAGCAACUCGUUCUCUUCGCCGAGCAACUCGUUCACUUCGCCGAGCAACUCGUUUACUUCUCCGAGUAACUCGCUCACUUCGCCGAUCACCACCAGCACUUCACCAGCGCUACCACCACAGGGCACGUCGACGCCACCCUUGCGCAUUCGCAAGUCGGUGGACCGAGGUCUGAGGACGAGUCUUUCGUCGACGUCGCUGAGGUCGUCGUACGCUAGGUCGCAGGUGUCCAGGCCUGCGUCGCCGGAAGAGGAGGAGCGACCGCGUGAAGCUAGGGAGCCACGCGUAGAAGCCAGGGACCCACGGCGAGAAACUAGGGAGGAGCCACCGUGCGAGGCUACGCCGCCUGCGUUGUCUUCCGGGCGCUCAAUGUCGUCUGCGCGUUCGAUGUCGUCCCUGCGCUCGACGUCGCCACCACGUUCGAAGACGCCCCGGCUGUUCUCCCCCACACCCGACGAAAGCAGGACGACUGAUCACAACAAAACUCUCCGAGGUUCCUCGACCUGCGAUCGGUGCAAGGGCCCACUGUUCGGUGUCGGGCGGGACGGGCAGUACGUGACGGUGCAGGGGGACGCGGGCAAUGCGCCGCGGGUAUACCACAGGAAGUGCUUCUUAUGUACGGUGUGCGAUGAGCCGUUCGUCGAGGCCGGCGAUGGGGUUGCGACGUAUGUAAGGGGCAAGGAUGGGCCGUGUCAUGUUGAGUGCUCUCCUCCCGAGACAAUCCGCAUCCGCACUAUCCACCCCGAGCCCCUCAAGACCGACAUCUUCUCCCACCGCGCAUCUCAUUCCACGCCACCACCCAACCUGCAGAAGUCCAAGACCGCGCCAGUGCACUCCUCCAGCCGGUACGAAGUCCAGCCGCGCACGGCGCCGUCCACCCAGACCUCCUUCCCGCGCUUCGGCGGCUCGUUGUCGUGCCCGGGGUGCCAGAAGACGGUGUCGCCUAUGGAGCGCGGCGUCGUCGCGGGGCCGCAGAACACGAAGUGGCACGGGGCGUGUCUGGUGUGUGGCGGGAAGAAGGAGACGGGCAAGGGCGGCUGGCUGUCGCGCGGGAGGGACGAGAGGAAGAAGGGCGAGCCGGGAUGCGGGAAGAAGCUGGAUAGUGCGGCGAAGGUGGAUGCGAACGGCGGUGUUUGGUGCAGGGAGUGUUCGCUCCUGCUGAACGCCGCCCUGCGCGCUUCGCCGCAGUCCUCGCCUACGCGCGUGUCGCCGAACGUUCCACUGCCGUCAGGCUCAGGGUCCAGCCCCUUCCCGAAGGUGAUCCAGCAGACGACGGGGACGACGACGCUUGCGCGGCAGUUCACGGGUAUGGGGGGCGGCAGCGAUCCGCUUGCGCGCCAAACGACGGGAGGUGGGGGCACGCUGCCGCCGACGCGGAGCAUCAGCCCGACGAAGCAGAUGCGCAGUGUAAGCCCUUCGAAGCCGACUGUUGGGCUGCGUCCGAGGCCGAAGAGUGCGCUGGGUAUGCGUACGUUGAGGAAUAGCAAGAGCGUCGAUGAGGGGAGGGGAAUGUUUUUGGUGCGACAGUUGACGGGGACGUCUGCGGCGGGGGCGUAAGGACCAUGCAUGGAUUACGGACAUCUUACGAACGAUAUAACGUCGCACAUCUGCGUACAAAUACUGUAGGGUAUAGAACUGUCAAGUGUUGAACUUGAGAGCGCACGUGGUGAUACGGACCCGGUCGCCGGGUUCAUUGUGGUCGUUACGGGGACCGGGUGGCGGAUGAUGCUCGUCGCUGAGAAGCGUGAC